GUCAUUUCAUUUCGUCUGCCAGUGUUUAUGUAUCUAAGGAAUGCGUUGUAGUGUUUUUCCUUCGUCGUUCUCAAAAUACGUCGUGAUGUGGUAAUCGAGUGUUAAGUGCGAUGUUUCGUUUUCGUGUUACUCUAAAUUUAUACCGGCGACUUAAAUUUUAAAUUUAUAAAAUUAAUUAAUAAAUUCACCAUUGGUAUGCAUUGCUCGCAUAAUGUUCUAUUCACGUGUUUCAAGUAUCACCGAAAAGAUCACGAUUUACCGUUCAAUUUAAACGAGUUUGAAAAUUUGUUCGGCGUGUUUCUGUAGAAAAAUUUCCUUAUAUUUUUAUUAAAUUAUUUAUUUUCAAUUCUGCUUCGUCGUUGAAACGUGAAAAUUCGUAACGUAAUCAUGAAUGCGAUAUAUUUAUCAUUUUUCUGUGUCUUUUGGUGUUGUGUGCAAACUUUACCGACAGACGUUUUCAGCAAUUUGACCACCUGUAGUUAUGUGAUACAGAUUUUCGAAACGAAGAAUAUCUCGAAUAGAAUACCGAAUCAACCGAUCGACGGUAAAUCGUUAUCGAUAUGUAAGUCGGAUAAGAGCUGUUGUACAUCCGAGAUGGAGUCGAAUUUAAUGAAUUUAGUCAAGAAAGACUAUCAAUCGUUAUUACAGCAGAAUGCGCAAUCUGUGCAAGGAAUAUUGGCUUCUACCGCCAUCCACUUCACAGAAUAUAUCCAUAGAAUGUUAUUAAAAUCGGAGAAUAAAACCAAAGAAGUGCUACGAGACGUAUUAGGUACAUCUACAGCGAAAAUUGAAGAAUCGGUUAAAACGUAUUUCGACGAAUUGUACAACUACAUCGCGAACAAAAACGAAGGAGAAAACACGUAUUUUAAAUCCAGUCAAAACCAGUACGUGAAAUCUACGGAGCAAAAAUUCGCUCAAUUAACCAGCUCUUUUUUCACUCGUCUUUUUCCGAGCCUGUAUCCGUUAAUUGUAGACGAAUACGGUGGUGCGGACCGCGAGCUGGACUCCGAAUACGAGAAAUGUCUGCAGAAGAAUAUAGGUGACAUUAACCCGUUCUCAGAGCUGACGAAAAGUCUAGAGAAAGACACCUCGAAGACAUUCGGAGCUACUGAAAUCCUCAUAGAUGCGUUGAAUUUCGGCUCGCAAAUGUUAAAUUUUAGUAAUCUACUGGUGUUAUCGGAGUCAUCGCAUAAUAUCCAUCAAUGUCACGAGGCUUUAUUAAGGAUGUCGUAUUGCUCGCGAUGUAACGGAUUACCAAGUACGGUUAAACCUUGCGCGGGAUAUUGUUUAAAUGUUAUGCGAGGGUGUCUAGCGCAACAAGCUGGAGAAUUGGAUUCAGCGUGGAGUAGUUUUUACGAAGCUGUCGAUAGGCUCAUGUCAGUGGUGAAUCGGGGGCAGUCGCUUGUCUGUCUGGAGGAUCUACUGAGAUCGCUGGAUGCUCGGAUUGCCGAACCUGUGCAGCAUUUUAAAUUGGAGAAUGGCAGUGUUCAUUCGAAGGUUAAAUUUACAUGCGGUCAAGUACGAUGGUCGAGUAAUAGAAUAUCCGAAAACAGAUCGUCCAAGUUACCAGAGAGUCGUCCUAAUUGGAAAUUAGACGAGGAAGACUCGAAUUUCAGAUCGACUUUGUUAUCUUCCAAGAUUCGUCAGUUUCAAGAGAGCGUACCCAGGUCUAGAGGCUUUUACGCUAAUUUAGCGGAAACGCUUUGCGCGGACGAUAGCUUCGCCGAGAAACGUGAAACUGCUCUGUGUUGGAACGGACAAAGAGUAGCUGAGUACGCGAAAACAGUGUUACCAAUUCAAAUUACUUCGCAGAAAUAUAAUCCUGAGAUACCGUGGCAAUCGCCGCCCUCGACUGAUACCAGAAUUACCGAAAUGGUCGAGAAACUUCGACAUACGACUCAACUAGUCUUAAGUCAAGCGCAAACAAAUCCAGAAGCUGAAUCGUUAUCAACGAACGAAGACGGUUCGGGUAGCGGUAGCAAUCCAAUGUCACCGGAUGAUCAGUUAACCAGCGACGACGAAGAUAGUGAGCGAGACUGGAGCGAGCAAGGUUCCGGCUCUGGAGAUUCUCCUAUACCCAUGACAGAACCUCCAGGUGGCAUCGUCCCACACGGAGCAAAUAACAACGUACGUAAAUUACCAGAACCUGCAGAUGUGACGCCGACUGAGACAACCACACGUAAGCCAAAUUCGGCCAAAACGUGGACAUCGAAUAUAAUUUUAGUAAUGACAAUUUGUACCGUGAGCAGGUUAAUUUCUUAAACUGAUCGUCAUCGUUAUUCGUUGUCGCAUAUUCAUGACUCGCAUUUUUUUUUCUUCUUAAUUCUUUUUCAUUCUUCAGUAGCAAUAUCAUCGAACGAUUGCAUUUUCUUUACGUUUCUUUUCUUUUUUAUUUAUUUAGAAUUAUGUUCUUUUCAAUUUUUAUUCCUGAUCUUAUUAUUCUUUUUUGUUCUUUUUUUUUCGUGUUAUUUUUUAGAUCAUCGAACAUUUCGUUUCAUUGUUUCAUAUUUAGUCAUAUUUUUAUUUUUCAUCAUUAUGUCUGUUCUGUUUAUCUCUUUCUCUAUCUCUUUUUUUCUGUUCUUUAAUCGCUAUUUAGAAGUCCGCGAGUAACUGCAGGAAUUUAUAUUUUUGUUCAAAUGUUUCGCUAUAAAUACGAAAGUACCUUAAAAGUGGGCUGGAAUUGUUUACUCGUGAAAUGAAACGCUACGGUUGUUUCCGGAUUUUUAGCAUCAUCGUGAAAUUUUUUUGUUUUAUUUAUUAUACCUACCUGCCAAGGUUUUAUUUAUUUUCAUACGAGUCUUACUAUUAUUAUUGUUAUUAAUUUAUUUGAAAUUGUGUGAUGUUUAUAAAUUCCUAUGGCAGCCUGGAGAAAUGUUAAGUUCUUUGUCAAAUCUAAAUGCGUGGAAAAGGUCGUACGGUUUUGAAAUAAUUCAACAAAACGUGAACUUAAUUGAAAACUUUUGGAAUUCAUUUUUUGUACGUUAUAGUAUGAAAAAGCCUGAAGCCGGAAAUCCAUCAUUUUUCGUUUUGUUUACUUCCUCGGUGCUUUUGAAACAGAGAACGAUUCAAAUAUUCUUGUAGAAUAAUUGCAGUUUAAAAAAAAAAAAUUAAAAUAUUCUGAAUAGGUAUGACGUUGAAAUAAAGUAAGAGGACAAGUUUUAAAUUCUAGAAAUUGUUUCAAAAUAUAAGUUUAAUAAUGAGACAAACAUUCGGAGAAAAAAAUACAAAAAUCAAUUUUGUAAAUAGUUUCUUCGGAAAUUUUUUUCUAAAAAAAUGAAGUCUUGAUCAAUUGAUUUUGUGAUCAUUUAAGGUAAAAAAAAACUACUUAUGUAGUUGAAAUAUCAAAAAAAAAAAAAAAAAUUGAAUGGAUAUAUUUUCUUAUUUUAUUUGGAAAACUUUUGACUGUUUUAUCUUACAUAAGAAUUAUUUAUUGAUUUUGAAUUUUCUGAGCCCAAUUUCUUUGAUUUUUUUUUUUUGAAGAGAUUAUUUUGUAUUAAUUUUCCAUACAUUGAUAAUGAACUUUUCUUUCAAAAAAAUCAACAAAAUGAAUUCUGGAAAAAUGAAUUAAUUUCGUUUUUAUUUUUCUAAAGAACUCCAAGCUAGUAUUUUAGUUGGAAAAAAAAUUUGAAGAAUCUUGUUAUAAAUUGAGUUUUACACAAUUUAAAAUAUUUUAUCCGCUUCUUCAAAGUGGAGUAUGAUGUUUGAUUAUGAAAUUCUAAAAGAAAUUAACGUCGAAAUUUUCUCCGAACUUGCUACUUGAACAAAGUUACGAAUAAUAAGUUUUCAGGUUCGAGUCUUAUGAUAUUGUAAAUUUUUGAGAUACAGGGGUUCGGAAUGGAUAAUUUUUUAAAGGGAAUAACACGUCAUACUUGUUUGUGUUUGUUUUCAGCUUUUUUUUUAUUCAAAAAUUAUCAAUCUUGUUUUGUCGAAGAUAACACAUUUAAAAUUUCUGGGAUAUUUUUAGUUUUAAAUUGCGAGGUGAAAAUAAUAAUAUUACUUCUUGGAUUUUUUGUGGGAAAAAAAAUGCAAAAAAAUAGCUGAUUAAUUAGAAAGAUCUGCUAUCGCUCUCUUUAUCAACUAUUAAAAAAUAUCUCCAAAUCAAUGUUUUUUUUUCUUCAAUACUUCAAAUUGUGAUUCUGAAAAUUACAAAGUUGUUUUUUUUUUAUUUUGCAAAAUGAGAUUUUAUACAAAAAAUGGAAAAAAGUAAUUAGGAAAAUAAAGCUAAAUAGGUAUAUUUUAAUUUUUUUUUACAAUUUUUUUUAUGGGGUUUAUUACGCACAAUAUUUUAUUAUUUACAUAAUGUACUUCCAUAUGAAGAGUGAUAUUCCAAAACUCGCUUUGUCCAUUUUUAUCAAAGUGCGUUUUUCAGCAGUACCUGGUAGAUGAAGUAUUAACUCACAUUGCUACAUCAUCAACCUACCAAAAUGAGGUGUUUAACUCUCCUAAAUAGCCAAUUCACUAAAAAAUUUUAAAAAAAUGAUGUUCCAAAACGCGCUUUGUCCAUUUUUAUUGAAAUUUUUUUCAGCAGUAUUGAGUGGAUGAAAUGUAUACCUACACUCCUACAUCAUAAAUCCACCCAAGUAAAGUGCUAAACUCGCCUAAAAAGCCAAUUUACCCGUUUGAAGGGAAACUGUUUUUCCUCUUUCCUGAAAAGUUGUGAAAAUGGACAAAGCGAGUUUUGGAAUAUCACUCUUCAUAUGCAUACCUAAAGAUGUGUCUUCGAAUGAUCAUGAUGAUUUUCAUUCGUGCACGUAAAUUGUAUCUACCACUUUUUCUCGUCUUUAUUUUAUAUUUCCAAUUAUUUUACAAUAAUUGACGUCGAUCGAAUGAUUCACAAAGUAGUUAAAUAUUAGGAGGAGAAUAUUUCUCAGAAUAUUUGUUGGCUUGCGUUAGAAAAUCAUGUUCACGUUUACGUAGCAACCCACAGUUAUUUGCAUUUUUUUUAAUGGACUGCAAAUUUUUUCGUAUGACGUUUACAUCCUAUCGUGUAUUAAAAAACGUAAUAAUAAAAAAAUCCUUACGUCAGCAGGUAUUUGAUUACGCGAACGUAUGAAUUAUAGAUCAGUUUAGUCGUUGGAUGAUAUUCUCACUCGUAUCAUGUACCUAUGUGAGUGUGAUGUAGACGUAGAGUAAAAGUCAUUACGAAAAGUAAAUUACUCGUAUGUAAGUUAACUCGCGAAUGAACAAAUGUCGGACAAUUUUCUUCUUUUCUUCUGUAUUUUUCUAGCUAUAUGUCUUUCCUUUCGUCGCACCUAGUGCCUUAAAAUUUCUAUCUCGUCUGUAUUUUUUUUUUUUUUUAUUAGUACAUUUUGAUGGUUUUCAAAAGCCUCUCUGUAGAUAGUACGUAUUUAUUACGGACAUAUUUCUUGUCAUGUUUAGUCGAUAAAACGAAUAAAAAUGCGAAUAAGUUUUAUGAUCUCGUGAAUUUAUCGAAAAAUAUUCGAAUAAGUUAAACCACGUUUAUUUUUGUAUAUUGAGAUUAUCGCGAUCGCAUUUUCAUUCGUGACUAUUUUAUUUGUGUGUAAAAUUUGCGUGUAUUUUUUCAAUUUUUUUUUUGUUUCUACUUAAUGUAUUUUGCAUAAUUAUUAUUUUUUUUUAGUUUAUUAUUUUUUAAACAAAAAACCCCUCGAUUCGAUGUGGAAGCUUAUUCCAUGUGGAAAGGUUCCUAUGAAGUGAUUAAGAUAGUUUUUCAUUUUUUUUUUUUUUUUUUUUUUGGAAAAUGCACGUUAGGGGUUGUGUAACUUUCCAUUUAAACAGAGGCUGUAUUUUAAUUUAUUUUUUAAUCGACGUGUAUUAUUACAAUGAAAUCGUUCUGUGUGGACAUUUUUUUUUUUUUUUUUUAAAUUACAAUCGGAGUAAAAAUACAAAAAAUUAAAAUUACGCUAGUCUUAUGAUACUUUUUUCUCGUGUAUAUUUGUGUAAAUGACAUAAAUACUGUUACAUUUAUUAACUCCCCCUUUCCCUGAAUGUAUUGUACGUAGAUGUGAAAUGUGUAUCGAGAUGUACCAUUUUUACGUUGUAUUAAAGACCAUGAUUUUUGUAUGAGAUAUUUAAAUCAUCGUCGUAUUCGUAUAUAAGUUUGAUAUUAGCUCGAGAAGUGUUAUAACUUAAAAGUAGUGCCAGGUUAUAUCAUUAUUUUAAUCUAACGUUACCAAAUUUUUUUUAUCGCAAAAAAAUGUGUCGCUUUAUUAUAAUGUAUUGUUAUUUUAUUUCGAUUAAAAAUGUGCAUUAUUAUUUUUCUUUUUUUUUACAUAACGAAUGUAAUAGCAUAUCGCAACAAAUAAAAAAAAAUUAUUGUUCUAGUUUGUGUUGUUUUGUAAAAAUAAAAAAUUUUUCUAUGUUA